CACAAGUGAAGGGAAUUGGGUCCAUGUACAUCCCAUGCUCACAUGGAGGCAUCAUGCUCCUGCUGGGCUCAGGAAACCGCUCUGUGGGCAGAGCUGGGUGGGUCACUUGUCCCUGGCUAUGGGCCUGAGUCUCUCCACACCAUGCAGCUGGUGGGGUGGCCAGGGUCAUCUCCCAGGUGGGUGCUGGAGGCAGGCAGGGCAGCUGCUGUCAGAGGUGUAGCCAGCUCCAUGGGCAGGGAGCUUGCUGUCAGCAGCUCUGUCACCAACACUUUCCAUAUGAGGAAAAGAUCCUUCCCUGCAGCCAGGAGAUCUUGCUGGUCUGGGCCACCAGGAAGGGCUGGCACCCCUGACAUAAUUGGCUGGAGUUUGCCUUUUCUCUGAAUCCCCAGGAGCAGAACCCUUGGGAGCACCUGUCAGCUCAGGCUGACUCCUCUACUGCAACCGAGUUGUAAUUCCAGGCACAGCCAGUGCCUGUAAUGCUUCCCCAAGCCUCAGCACCUGUGACAGCCUUAGUGACUCUGCCUGCAUGCAGCUGGGUCUCCUGCCCAGCACAGAUAUUUCAGCUCCCUACCACACACUUGGGCAGAAGGUGGUGAAGGAGCUGGUGAUGAGACUAGCAGGGAGAUACAGAGCAGCUCACAAAGGCCAGAACCAGGCUUUGCAGCCCAUGCGUCACCUGGGGCUGAGUUUAGGCUGAAGAUGCACUGUGUGGUUGUGGGAUGAGAGAGCUUAAUGGUGUUGAGCCUUUGGUUUUGUCUGUCAGGGUCAGCAAGAAGUUAUUCCCAAUUAGCUAAAGUGAUGGGCUAAUUUGGUGGUGAAAGCCCUGCUCCAGGUACCUUGCUGUGGAGUUAAAGUGGGUUUUCUUUGGCUUGGUUUGUUAAGUGGAGUAACCAACUCAAGUAGACUUCUGCCCAGGGACCUAUUUUUGGUAGAACAGGCAGUAGUAUGACUGCCUGGCCUGAAAAUUUCUUUGUGAGCAAAGCCUACCCAGGGGCAGGGAGUGAGCCCAGUUGUACUAGGAUGGCUUUAAUGCCGACUUAUUGAACUUCAGUCCCUUCCAAGAAGGAAGGAAGGCAGGACUUUCCUCUCUCCAGUCCUGUGUCCUGCUGUGCUUGUGCAGAGUUUAAGUAGGGUGCCAUAGGGAUUGGAAAAAGGUUAGGCCCUGAGGAGAAGGAAAAGCUUUUGCUGCUUAAGGCAGGAGGUGGGUGACGGUAGGUAAGACUGACAGCUCUGCAUCCCUGUGUAGUUCAAGGGACCUGCUAGACAAAAAGGCCCUGCGUUAUCAAGGUGAUGGACUUUUCCAGCCCUGGCUCCCAGCAUUGCAACCUAGUGUUCCUAGGAAAUACCAGCAUGAAGCUGCUCCCAGAAGGCCACAUGGGUUUCAGCAAAAGCAGAGUUUGGUCUGCUUGACAAGAGGGUUUCACAGCAGCCUGUCACGUCUCAGAUGAAGCUUCAGGAACAGGAUCGUUUGCCAGUAACCACCACCUUGUGCUGAUGUUAUCUAGUUUCUGCAGAAUGAACUUGCUGAGUUGUCAUCUGUGACACUGUCAGGGGAAGUCCUGACUCCUGACACUGCAGUUCCUGCCUCUGCUUUGCCAUGGCCCCAAUUCCAGCAGCAUCAUCUGGGCUGGUUGGAUUUGCUGGAUACCUGCUUGUGCUGAAAUGUCAUGGGGUUGUCAGAAAGACCUGGGCAGCAAGGCUGUGCUGCAGGCCUGCGGGCUCCCAGAUCCAAUGGAGACACUAGCAGGCUAACAUGUAGUUUCUGGCUGAGGAUAAAGUGGCUACUGACAGCUCAUCUCAAGGUGGUGCUGAACUCUCGGUGAUCAGACAGGCAGCAGGAGGGGGUUUGCACUACAGCUAACGUGGGGGUAUUGGCAGGUGCCUCUCAGUAAGUGGGCUACUGACUUCUGUGACAGAGGCAAACUCCGUGGGUGCCAAGCAGAGUCACUGCUGCAUUUUGCAGGUGUUUGCCAAGUGAGGCAUCCCUUUUCUUCUGUGCAGACCUUCCCUGGAGGCAGUGACCUGAUUCACUGUCUCACUCCAGACAGCAGGUAAUGGAUGAGUGGCUAAGGUAGUCAGGUGCUGGUGCAUGCUGGCACUGCUGUAUGACCGGGCAGCAUGAUGGCAAAGCCAGACUCACUGGUCCAAACAAACCCCCUCAGCUGCAGGUGCAAGGUGUUCUCUGUGUCUGCAAAGUGGAUGUAGGCACCUGUUCCGCUGUCUGUUGAAAACCUGCAGGUUGCUGGAUUACGUGCACAAGUUUUAGGAGCAAUGCAAGAAGCCAGUGUACCCUGUGUGACAUGGAGCCUCAUUCAGGCAGGGCUUUGGAGCAGCACAUUUCUUCAUCUGACAGCAACCAUCUGCUGUGGCUGCAAGGUCCCACACUGCUUGGCAGCUGAGUUUGCAUGCUGGGCUAGCAGCAGCUCUGCAUUUCUCCCAGCCAUGCUCUGGAGUGUGCCUCAGUGCCAGCUGGCACCUGGGUGGUUUAGAUAUGUCAAAGGGUUCAAGGCUGUGCUCCAAAUUCAAGACAGAGCUACCUGGUGGGUUCCUCUCACUGUGCAGCAGUGGGGAAAGGAGGAAGUCUGCACGAGGAAUGGGAUGAAGAAGAGUAUAUCCAUCCUUUAUAAGUGUAAUGCCAUAGUAGAUGGGGGGAAGCUUCUCUGGGCUACUGUGUUUGCGUCUGUCUUUCCUGCUAUGAAAUCAGUAGACAUCCAAAGAUGGGUGCUGACCUAAAUUAGGUCUGCAGGAAAAUUUCCCUGUGCAGGGACUAAAAGUCCCACUAGUUUAGAAUGGAAACUAGUGAAAUGCCGCAUGAUAGAGAUGUGCAGAGCAAUUCCUGGCUUAGAGAUAAGUCUGUUGCUCUGCUCACCCCCUCACAAGAUGUUCAAAGAAAUGGAAAGACAACUCAUUUCAAACUGGUAAACUGACACACUUCUCACAGAGCCAGCAAACUGGUUUGUGCAGGUGGACAAGAUGCCCUGCUGGCCAACAGUUUCAGAUGGCUCACAAAGGAUCAGGUAUUGAUAUGAAAAACAAGGAUACCCAAAACUAAAGUAAAAAACUUUGGCUUAAAUAAGAUUAAAGAUGGUAUGAUUCUUGGACAUCUACACUGAGGUUCAGGUAAAGAAUGGUGGCAAGGAGUUUCUAUUUUCCUGUCCCUUCUUUGAAACCAUUUUUGGCAUUAUUCAUGACACCAGGAGACCAAGUCUUCAAAUCAGAGCCUUGCACCAUCACUGCUGGCAUGGCUUAGGGUGUAGCAUGUCUCCCUCAUCCUGUCUCUGAAGCACCAUGAGGGAUGAGGUGCCAUGGGAGGCUGCAGGUCACCUGUAUCUGGGCACUGGUGUUGGCAGCCACAUACAAAGCUGUAGGAAAAGUAGCCAUGUCCUGGGAGGCUGAUUACAGAGCACCUCUCUCUUGGCAGGGUACCAAAAUGCAAGGGUGGAAAGCACAGGAUUGGUGAUCAUCUGAAACUGCUCCCUCUCCCUCCCUCCAUCUGCUGCUCUGAGCCCCCAGGGGAAACUUGUGGGACUUUACCAACCUUCUGAAACAGCCAGCACUAAGCAAGUCCUCCCUUGGUGUUUGGGCGUUUGACCGUGGGCCUCCUUCCUUGUGUUUCUCUCAAAAAGGCAUUGAAGAGCCCUGGCUGGGGGCUCAGGGGGGUGGACCAGGUUUGGGUCAGAGACUCAGCCCUGCUGCUGCCCCCUCAGCAACCUGCUCUGGGACUCUGGGUUGUCUCCCAGACAGCUGGCAGCAGGCGAGAGCUGUGUGUGCCAGGGUGUGCCAUGUGUGCACUGUCCAGGCCAAUGGGGCUUAUACCCAUUUGUGUAUUUUGGUAACUCUGCCAGUGUGGUUCUGCCAUUCAGCUCUACUUGCACAGGCACCAGGUGUACCUUCUGCACAGCUCCCCUGUCCCCUCCUGCACAGCCACUCUGCCCCAGGCUGCCUGUCCUGCCCCACACUGCCUCUGACGUGUGGGGCUCCAGCACCUCUUGUACAAACACCACACAUGCCAGGGCACAGGCUCACUGCACAUGAGCCUGUCAGCGUGCUGCUUGUGCUGCACGCCUCCUCCAAUCAGGCUGCAUGAGAUGAAGGAUUUGGGAAACUCUUGUUCCUACCAAAUGGAGUGGAGAGAAAGGAAAACCAGUGCACACACCCCGUAACCCAAAAGUGAAGCAGAUCCCAUUGGGGUGAAAGUACAGUACUAGCAUGAGUGUUGUUCACAGCCAUCUCCUGCUGAGGUGGGUGUCUCAGAGUCUAUCUGCAAGAACAUGCCCUAAAUAAGCUCUACUCAAUCCUUGGGAGUCUUGAACAUCUUUUGUGGUGAUGGGUGGUGUUGAAAUAUAUUUUCCUCUGAAUGGAGUCAUGAUGCAGCAAUGUAAUGCACUCAAGAAUCAUAUAUUAAUUUAAGAAACAGCAUCCAUGGAUCAUGGCUUCAACCAAAGCCCUGUGAACAUCAAAUCCUCCAUCAGGCAUUGUUCAUGCCCUGGGAGUACAAUGUCUGCUGCUUGGUUGAUGCAGUUGGAUUCACUGCAGCAGUAGCAGAGUGCCAAGGUUGAGUCCUGUGGCUGAACAGCCACAUGUGCCUCCCCCGCUCUUGUAUCGCCUGGAAAUGCACACACUGGGAAGCACAAAGGAAGCUGGGGCCACGGCCCCUUGCCAUCACCAGUAAGUCUACCCCUGGGUGGAUCAGCCCUUCUGGUUAAACGGGUCACUGCCCUUCCUCUUCGGGCCUUCCCCACCAUCACCGAACGAGACUGCCACCGAGAUGAGUCAAACCGUCAGACACAUCUGCGCCCUCCGCACAGCACGUCCAUGCGCUUGGAUAGUUCAGCUGGUGGGCUCAGCCCGGGCAGCGGAAGCAAAGAAACCCUGGCUGACUGGGGGGCGUCUGGUAGCUGAACCUUUUCAGUGUCCCGAGCGCAGCUGGGUGACCUGGUUCAUUUCUGACUGAUCCCAGAAGGUAGACAAGGCCUGUGAAGACAGCAGUGAGAGGAAGUUUGGCCUUGAAUGGAUGUACUCUGCCAGGGUUUGAGAUCUGCUAACCUGGAGACUCUUGUAUAACUCCAUCUCUUCAUCCUCAGCUCUGGACCUGAAAAGGUGCCUGAGAAAACAGCUUCAUUAGUACCCCUGAAGCACUCACUCAGUGCUGAAGUGCCGAGCAUUAGAAAGAGUCUGUGAAGAAAUGGAAAAGCAGGAUGUUGGAGCACGCUGACUGCAGGACAACAUGGUAACAUGUGAAGUUUCCGGCCACGUGACUUUCAGCUUACAUCCCUGAGGUUCUGAGAAACCACAGGAGGCUGAGACCUAAAGGGAAGGUGCAGAGGCUCUGAGAGGAGAGGCAGCGAAAGUGUCGGAGUGCUGGGCAGGGGGACAGAGAGCUUCUGGGACAGGUGAGAGUAGGAAGCCAAGGGCCACAUCAGAGGUGACAGAGCAGGACAGAGGAGAGGCAGAGAAGCAAGACAGAAAGGAACACCAAGAGCACAAAGGAAGCUGAAGAGACCCUGGGAGCCAGGAACAGCAGCCAUGCCCCACAGCUCUGACAGCAGUGAUUCCAGCAGCUUCAGCCAGUCUCCCCCUCCCAGCAAGCAGGACUCUUCUGAUGACAUGAGGAAAGUCCAAAGGAGGGAGAAGAAUCGCAUUGCUGCCCAGAAGAGCCGCCUGAGGCAGACCCAGAAAGCAGACACACUGCACUUGGAGAGUGAAGACUUGGAGAGACAGAAUGCUGCCCUGCGCCGGGAGAUCAAGCAGCUGACGGAGGAAAUGAAGCACUUCACCUCGAUGCUGAGCUCCCAUGAACCGCUCUGCUCCAUCCUGACAUCCCCUCCACCGCCUCCAGAAGUGCUUUAUGCCACACACUCUUUUCACCAGCCCCACAUUAGCUCCCCACGCUUCCAGCACUGAGCCAGCCAGCAGGACAGCAGCCUGCCAGCUCCACCAAUGGCAAGAAGUAACUUUGUGGGGCUUGCUUUCCCAUCCAAGGGAAGGAAUUGGACAGACGGACAUUCCUUCUUAAAGUAUGUACUCUGAGUGAUUUGCCUAAGACUUGCUCCCUGUGCAGAAAUGGCAGAGCCACCAUGAGGCAUCUUUGGACAGUUUCCAGCUUGGAUUCUGGGAGGAAGGGGCAGUCACAAAAGGGCACCAUCCCUCUUCUCUGGUCUUUGUUUGGGGAGACUCACAGGAGUGUGCGACACCAGCAGCCUCCAUAAGAGCAGCUGACUGUGGCACGCAACAGCCAGACCUCCAGGAAGAGGAAAGGGAGCAGGGGUGGAGGGGAAGGUUGGGGGCCACAGAGUGUCAGGGCAAAACUGGUUUAUUUUUGUAAAAUAAAGAUUGAAAAUG